ACAUGUGUUCAGAGAGUUCACUACCGUCCAGUCAACUAAUAUCUUUUAAUCGAUAUUUAUUUUUAGAUAAAAAAUUGAAUUUUUUAUUAUAUAAAUCUAUAAAUUCUAAAAUAAUAAUAUGGUUUAAAUUCCUUUGUUAUUAAAUACAAAUAUUUAAGUAAAAGUAAAAAUAAAUAUCAUUAAUUUGAAAUUUAAUAAAAUUUUUUUUUAAAUUAUUAUAAUUAUUAAAAUAAGAAAUAUUUAUAAAAAUAUUAAAAAUAAUAAUGAUAAUAUAAUAUAAUAUAAUAAAUAUAAUAUAAUGUACCAAAAAAAUUAUUUUUCUUAUAAAUUAAAUUAAACAAAUAUUUAUUAUAUGUAAAGAUAUAAAUUUUAAAAUUAUUCAAAAAAACUUAUUAAAGUAAUUAAUUUAUUAUAUAUUAUAUAAUUUAACUAUUAAACUAACUAUUAAAUUCGAACUAUUAAAAUCGAAAAUAUAUUAAAAUAUAAUUAAACAUUAUCUAUAAUUAAAUAUUAUGUGUAUCAAUAUAUAAUGAAAAAUAUAUAUGUUAAAUACAUAUAUAGAUAGAAAAAUUAUAUAAAUAAAUUAUAUGAAGAUAAAUAAAUAUAUAGAAUGAAAUGUAUGUAUUUUAAAUCGUAUUAAAAAUAUCGAAAUUAAUCGAAUUGACAAGAAAUUGUCAUAUGAUUGUCGUAAGUAAACAUCGAUUAGUCGCAAUGCGAUUGCUAGUAAAUUCGAGUAGGAGUUUCGAGAUUCGAGAAAAUUCGGAACGAUAUACAUAUGCACAUAGUUAUCUCGAACAAUCUCGAAAAGCGCGCCAUAUCAAAUAUAAAUCCGUGACAGGUAGUACUGCGCAGUCAGUUAAAAAGUGCAACUCAAAGUGAACGUUUGUAUAACGUUUGAAGUUAUUAUCUACCAAGCAAUAUUAUACAAUAUAAACAACUAUUUCAUUUAUAAAACUAAAUUAAAUUAAAGAUUUUUAACAAAAGAUUAACUGUAUUGAUAUGGCAUUAGUAACAAGAGAUCUCUUCCGGAAUUGGUGGGAAGAUAUGGACCGUUAUCACCGAGAAUUAGAAGAACAUUUCAAACGUCUUAGUACUAGAGAUGAUUUUUGGAAACCACCGCCAAUGCCAUCCUUCAAUGAAUUUUUCCAACCAUGGAGGAAUAUGAUGGAACAAUUAGAACAUCAAGUUGGAGGUUCGACCACCAUUGAACGAGAUCAAAACAAAUAUCAGGUAAUCGUUGAUGUGCAACAAUUUGCACCAGAAGAAAUCACCGUCAGAACAGAUGAUAAAUGUAUUACCAUUGAGGGGAAACACGAAGAGAAAAAAGAUGAACAUGGUUACGUAUCGAGACAUUUUGUGCGUCGAUAUGUGCUUCCACAAGGAUAUGAUAUUGGCCAUGUUAAACCAAGUUUGUCAUCUGAUGGUAUUCUUACUAUUACUGCUCCAAGAUUAGCUUUGCCAGCACCUGGAGAAAGAAUUAUACCAAUCGAACGAAGUAAUGCACCAGCUAUUAAGGCAGCAUAAUUUGUAAAUAAUAUCGUCUAAUAGAUUCUUAUAUAUUUAAGAUUCAUUAUAUAACAUUUAUUUUUUAACUUUUCUUUCUGCGUAUACUUUGAAAUUGUUCGUUUAUUAAUUUAUUAAUUAUUAAUUUAAUUGUCAAUAACAAAUAAUCAUAUAUAUAUAUAUGUGGAACUGAUAAUUUAAUUACAUUAUAUUUUUAAUUCUUUAGAUAUAUAAAAUUAUAUUACAUAUAUAUUCAAAAAAUUUAUUAAAAAAGAUAUUGAAGUUUGAUUAUUUUUAUGUAGUAAAUCAUUCUUUUUAUUUGCGCUAUUAAAAUUGUUUAAUAUAAGUAUUUCUAAUAUUGUAUGAUGCAAUUUUGUAAAAUUCAGUUAUAUAAUAUUUUAUUAUUGUCAUUAUAUUAUAAAUAUAUGCUAUUGUAAGUACUUUUUAUUAGCUUUAUUUUUCAAUAAAUAAAAAUUAAAUAUUAAAA